AUGUUGGGAUCCGCCAGCCCCGCGUUUCUUCGUUGGUUCCCGCUUUUCCUCCUGCUGUGUUGCCUGUCCGGGCCUGGGAGGGCAGACGCUCACUGUCGCUCGUACAACUUCACCAUCACCCAUCUGCCCAGACCUGGACAACGGUGGUGCAAGGUCCAAGGCCAGGUGGAUCAGAAGAAUUUCCUCUCCUAUGACUGUGGCAUUGACAAGGUCUUAUCUGUGGGUUGCCUAGAAGAGCAGCUGAAUGCCACAGAUGCCUGGGAAAGACAACUGAAAAUGCUGAGAGAGAUGGGGCAGACGCUCAGACUGGAACUGGCUGAUUUCAUUCAGCUGGAGUAUUUCACCCCCAGUGGACCCGUCACGCUGCAGGCCAGGAUGUCUUGUGAGUGUGAAGCCGAUGGACACAGGAAUGCAUCCUGGGAGUUCAGCGUUAAUGGACAGAAGUUCCUCCUCUUUGAUUCAAACAACAGAAAGUGGACAGUGGUUCUUGCUGGAGCCAGGCAGAUGAAACAGAAGUGGGAGGAGGACAGGAAACUGACUCAGCACUUGGAGAAGCUUUCAGUGGGAGACUGCGGGAGCUGGCUUCAGGACUUCUCGAUGUGCAGGGAGAGGCAGGAGCCCACAGCACCGCCCUCCGAGCCCACAGACACAGCCCAACCCAUAUCCGUGGCCACCACCGUCAGUCCCUGGGGCCUCCUCAUCCUUCUCUCUUUCAUCUUAUAUGUCAUCUAUAUAUAAUCUGAGGUGGAAGAUGACACCCAGCAGCCCCUGUUGGCCCGGUUUGCCUCCCACUCUCCUUCAGGAAGGCCGCCUGUCUACUCACCACUGUGCCUUGCUGGACAGCCAGGAGUUCAAGCCUUGGCAAGGCCACAGCCUGCAGCAGAUGAUGAGGGCAUUGGAGACCCAACCUCUCAUGCCGCUCAUUACCUUCAGUGAUGGUCCUGGCAGCCGUUUUUCUUCACAUCCUCUGCCACUUCCUCUCGGUGCUAAUGGAUGGAAUUUCUGCACAAGUUAUAACUGGACAAGAAAUCCCAGCAAAAAGCAUUUUCAUUCUACUUUGUUGAUUGUGGGAAAGCAGACACUUCUCUGAAGCAUGACCUCAUUAUUCCAAACGGUAUUGCUAGUAAAAUCACAUGCUGGGAUUUACACCUCAGGAAUCCUUUCCAUACACUGACCAAGAAUUCUAUUAAUCCUUUGUAUUUUUAGGGUAUUUUACAUUUUCUCAUUCUGUAAAACAUAUUGGAGGGAAGCGGCAUAAUCAUCACUCACUGUAACCUCACCUGACAAAGGUCUAAUAUCCAGAAGCUAAUAUCUACAGAAUCUUGUUCAGUAUCCAGAAUUCAACAAGCAAGAACAAAAAAUCCAAUGAACAAAUGGGUAAAGAGAUGAACAUUGUUCAGUAGAAGACAUGCAAGUGGCCAAAUCAUCAGACAGGUGCCAAUCAAAACCGCAGUGAGUUACCACCUCUUACCUGUCACAAAGUCAGAGAUGGUGGUGAGGCUGCAGAGAAAGGAAACAGACGCUGUUAAAGUAGAACUGCCAUUCCACCCAGCAAUUCUGCUAGUGGGGAUAUCCCAAAGGAAAAGAAUUUAUUUUACCAAAAAGACACCUGCACCCAUAUGUUCAAUGCAGUGCUGUUCUCACUAGCGAGGACGCAGAGUCAAUCUCAGUGCCCCGAAACAGUGAACUGAAUGAAAACACUGUGGUACACAGAUGCCAUGAAAAUCUAUGCGGCCAUGAAACAGCAAAAUCAUGUCCUCUUCAGCAACACGGAUGGAACGAGAGGCUGUUAUUCUAAGCAACCCAAUGCAAGGACAGAAAGCCACAUACUGCAGGUUCCCGUUGAAAGUGGCAGCUAAACAUUGAAUUCACAUGAACCAGAUGCUGGAGAUCACUAGAUGGGGGAGAGAGGAGGGACAUCUGGCUGAAAACCACCUGUUGGGGACCCUGCUUACAGCUUGGGUGAUGGGAUCAUUGGGACACCAAGCCUCAGCCUCCCAAAAUCUAUCCGUGUAACAGCCCUGUAUGGGUACUCUUUAUAAUAUAGGCUGAAAUUAAAGAUGGAUGAAUAAAUAAAAAUGACAUAAGGCCCAAAAAAAGGGAUUAACUGAGUGAGAGAACUCUGCACUAUGAACCCUAACCCAGCUCAAAAAAAU